GCGCACUUGUACUGUUCCUCGCGGAAGUGACGGAAAGGCGGCGAUGGCGGCUCGCAGUUUCAUUCCGGAUUUCCACUGGACUACAAACUGAUUUUAACCGGACCGGUUGGACUUUGAGGAACUUUUGUGCAGCUGUCUCUCUUCGGACGCCGCACGGAGGGACGUCUCGCCGAACCGGUGUUUGGCAACGAGCGGUCCCGCGGCUUCUUUUGUGGUAUUUUUGCCUGGGGUUCAAGGUGGUCACCCUGUCGAGCUAGCGGUAGCUACUAGCGAACGUUAGCUGGCGUACAGCUAGCUAGCCGUGAAGCUGCGUGCUAAGGUCCAUCCAGCGGCAGCUUUUCUCCUCCCUGCGUUUGUCUUUCACAGUUUCGAUGCGAGUUGACGCUCUUUAAUGCCAGGAGGCUGCAAGUGUGCAGAGCGAGGUACUCACACGUUUGUUUGGCCUCUGGAGAAACUGAAAUGCUAGUUUGGCGACUGUGGCUAAAGACGGAUUUUGAAUCACUGGCAAGCAAGUGCCCCAAGCAGGUUCCCCAAUAAGUUUGGGCAAAGGCGAGCUAUAAACUGAAUAUUACAGUUGAGUUGCUGUGGGGUCUUUGCGUGCUCAUCAACAUGCUGAAGACCCGGCAGUGUUUACUUGGCAUUCGCACUUUUCUCGGCGUGACGUCCAGAAUAUGGGGCUUCAUCAUGUACAUCCUCAGGAAGCACCUAAGAACGAUAAUCCAGUAUCAGACGGUGCGAUACGACACUUUGCCUCUGUCACCUGUCUCCAGAAACAGACUCAAUUCAGUAAAGAGGAAGAUCCUAGUUCUGGACCUGGAUGAGACGCUGAUCCACUCUCACCAUGAUGGGGUUCUCAGGCCCACAGUGAGACCUGGCACGCCGCCAGACUUCAUCCUCAAAGUCGUCAUUGAUAAGCACCCAGUUAGAUUCUUUGUACAUAAAAGGCCACAUGUGGACUUCUUUUUAGAAGUGGUGAGCCAGUGGUAUGAGCUGGUGGUUUUUACAGCUAGUAUGGAGAUUUAUGGUUCAGCAGUGGCAGACAAACUAGACAACAACAGGAAUGUCCUGAAACGCAGAUAUUAUAGACAGCAUUGUACAUUGGAUCUAGGUAGUUAUAUUAAAGACCUGUCUGUAGUACAUGAUGACCUGUCUAGCAUCGUCAUCCUGGACAACUCGCCUGGUGCUUAUCGUAGCCAUCCAGACAAUGCAAUACCCAUCAAGUCCUGGUUCAGCGACCCUAGUGACACAGCACUCCUUAACUUGCUGCCUAUGCUGGAUGCACUAAGGUUCACUGCUGAUGUUCGCUCCGUCCUCAGUCGAAACCUCCACCAGCAUCGGCUCUGGUGAUUGGCUGAAUCCAGGAGGACGCGGCUUGUUGACCAGCCUCUCCCUGUUCGCCGGCUUCCAUCCUACCCUCCGUUCCCACGCAGGCGACCCACCCAGCCCUCUCUGAGCCUCUCAGCGUGUCCUGAGGAGACGAGGGCUGAGGUGACCGCCUAUAACGGGAUGUUCAGUAUGGGAUCACCCGUGCCCAAAAACUACUGGGGAGAGAGGAGGAGCCAGCUGGUUUAUUUUUUUUUUCUUUUGGAUUCUUUAUUUGUAUUUUUUUCCAAAAAACGGAGCCUCUCUGCCUUAUUGCUCCUGAUACUGACUGUGCGUAUGAUGAGUUGGACUAUGCUUGCUGAGUUCAGUAGUUCUUUUUUAAACCUUUUUUGAAGAUUGGGAAGGGGGUAAGAAGGAUCAGCAAAGCAACAGACACAAUUCUACAUUAGUAUUUCAUCACCAAACAUUGCACUUCACCAGACCACUUAUUGGUUAUCUGUCCUUGCCUGUCAGAGGAAAUAAGUAGGGGGAUGUAGAAAACUACCCCUGUUUGAUCAACAUCUUAACCCCACAGUGAUUCACUGAUUACAAAGGUACGCUUUUUUAUGCCCCUGAAAAGAAUGGAUCAACCUCCAUGACAUAACUGAUGGACUUGUGCUUGCUGCACACAGGCUGUUUCUCAGGACAAACAGUCUGGGAAGUUUUUUUCUUUUGUUUUAGCCAUAAAUGUCACUGUUUCUCCAAAAUUCCUCGUGGGACUUGGUAAUAAAAAAACUUGACUAAAAAGUUGUGAGGACAAAAGAGAGGGUUGUAAUGAUACGUGACUCUUCCAUAUCUGAUUGUGUCUGUCACCAUAAUAUAUGAUAAUAUCAAUUCUGCAUACAGUAGGAUGACAUUUUGCUCUCCCCCUUUACCAUUUGAUGCCAUCCUGAUUUAAUCCACAAGGAAUCGCACUUAAUUUUUUUUUCAGCUGGUUUGUAUUUGAUUCAAAUUUGCAGCCUUCCCCAUUUGAGUUUUUACCCAAUUCUCUUAAUGUAUGGGUUCAACUAUUAGACCCUCCAUCUUUAAAUGCCUUCUGAGCAAUGUCAGUCCUGUCAAAGCUAACAGUGGCUUCUUAUUGGCUCUGUCUCCAGGUCUGUGUUACUAAUAAAACACUUGUCAGUAUCGA